AUGGUAGAGAUAGAUUUUAAGACUCAGACUGAUCAUUCACAGAACUUAGGAAAGGGCCUGGAAACAGUUCAAAAACUUAUCAAGUCCAUAAAGGUAGUGCCAUUGGAGAUGAUUCUUUCUGUAUUCGGAAAAAUCGAAAACCAAAAUUCACUGGACGAGAUUGAAAUUCCUUGGGCGUCGACCCUUCAAAAAAUUGGUGGAGUGACAUUUGCCGUCACGGAAUGGGGUUUGAUCCUCGAGCUUCCAGAAUACGUUGAUUUGAUGUGUGGGAUUAUAGAUACAGUAGAGGACGUGAAGAUCCUCCAUGACAAGAAAACCGUCAUCAAAGACAAUCUAUCUCAUGAUCAAAUUACAAAUAUUUUUAACAGGAUAAAAAAAUCAAGUUGCAUUGAUACGAAAUCUGGACUGGAGAAAGCGGUUGACGAAGUUUACAAACAUUAUGGAAGUCGGCUAGGGGUGAAGGCAUGGAGAUCUAUCAAGAAAUGUCGGAAUUCGUCAUGGAAUUUUGUCCAAGCUUCGUGA